AUGGCAGACAAGCCCGAAAUCCUCGUCCACGUCGGAGCUCCCAGCGCGGCCGGCGACGAUGCUAGAUAUCGCGCUCUCGUCGAGUCCAGUCUAGUCUUUGCGCCGGUUUCACAUUACUCGGUAUUUCGCAUCCAUGAGAGUGACAAUGGAGCAGACCUUGAGGUUAGCGUGGACAACUCGCGCUCACUGUUACUGACGUCGGCACCGGCCUCGUCUUCGUCGUCGUUCGCCCGGCAAUCAUCAUUACCACGACAUGAGCAGACGAUGUCUUUUAAUUCUGGCGACGAGCUGUGUAGCCUCGUAACGCCGUACAACCGCGAGGAGUCUAUAAUUACACAAGAUGCUGGAACUCUACGCCAACCAAAAGAGACGCCGCCCAACAAUCUGUCUUUACAUGCCGAGUCGACGGACGAAGACAGCUACCUUUCUUUCCAGCCACUAAUCCCACUCAGCCAUGCCCAAGACAAACCGGAGUCUUUUCAAAAAACGGCAUCUAUGAAUGAGGAAAGCGCUGGCACUGGCACUUUCAGUAGCGAAGCAAAAACCCGUAACCCAUCAAUAGUCGACAUUCAACUGACUCGUGAUGAGCUAUCUACCUGGGAUACUCCUCUAGACGUGAUUCCGGACUCACAAGAGAACGACUUGGCAGCAGAUCAGACUAUUUUAGAUUACUCCGUUCAGGUUGACCGAUCAUUCGUUCCUGACUCUGCGCGCCAGUCGAGACACAUCGAGACCAAUAAAGUAGGGACGGAGGAAAGUCGUUUAUCUGAUAUCUCGAGAAUACCAUCGUCUGUGCCCAGUCCGAGCCCAGAACGAACUUCAGAACGACAUGUUGACUUGAAUUCCGAAGCUCCACCACAAAGUCCAAGCCCUUCGCCAAACCAGCUUGACACAACCACCAGCGUACUCGGAAAAAGAAAGGCCGUCGGAAACGGCAACAAUAACGCAAGCAUUUCCCCUCAACAACCACCAAAUGUUGCUGUCGCUUCAUCAUCAUCAUCAUCAUCAUCCUCGCGGCUCAAAAAACGCCAAACCCUCCCCGAAGCAACCGAAACAAUCUCCCUCACCACCUUACCCAUCGAAAUCCGCUCCCCAAACCCGCCAGUCUCCAACUCCAAAUUCCGCACCCACGUCACACCAACUCUAAAAGCUCUAUCAGAGCGCAUGAAACACCCGUCCCGCUUCAUGCCUACACAGCAAACCCGUACCCUCCAGCCUUUAGAACGGGGGUACUGGUUCAUCCCAUGCAUCACAAUCAUACCCGACACUACAACCACAACUACAACCACCAACACUAAUACAACUACUUCCACACAGCCCCAAACCUGGCCGCAAACAUUCUUCUCGCAAUUCUGGUGCUUUCUACGCGACUUUCUAACCGAAGGUCGCGCUGGCUGGGGGAUAUGGUGCUUACUUGAGGAAUCACCAAUACAAUCACCACCGAUUAACCUAGCCCCGACAAGCGUGGAAAACGCGAGAGUUGUGAAUUUGAAACUAUACACCUGGGGCGAAGUAGCAACGCAUAUAUACCUAUUACUAUUCCUAGCGACGGAACGACGAAUCAAAAAGAUGCGGAAUGUCGAGUGGCGGGAUGCGAGGGACGAGGCUGUUCUAGUGAUGUGA